AUGGGUAGUCAGGGACGUGGCAUAGGCGAAUCUGAUGAGUUAGUGCAGCUCGAAUUCCAGGAUGCAACAUUACAUAAACAACUUGUGGAAACACUCGAUGAUAUAAUCUACCGCUCGAUCUACUCGAAAAUCCUGGACGAAUUCCCUGGAACCGAGGACGAUGAGGACUCUUUGCUUGAUGAAGCUAUACAGAAGGAAAUGUUGGACAUGAAGGAUUUUGAUCCAGUCUUGCUAAGCUCGACGGGCGAACUUGACUUAGAUGCGUUGGAGAAGUAUUUAAAAAACAUGGUCAAGAUACGAAACCAAAUUGUCGAACAACAGAUCAUAACCGAUGCUUAUGAUGGGGAAGAAGUCGAUGGCGAUUUGCUAGAGGAGAAAAACCGAAUAGCUAAGACCAAGCUUGCUAACGUCGAGAACUUUCCAGAGAAUUUGCGCAAGCUUAAGGAAGUGAGGACCGGAAAUCUUGCAAAGCUAGAGAAGAUGCAGCAGCUUGUGAGGACACAACGUGAGAUGAGACGAGAGGUACGUUCUGCGAAGGAGGAAGGGCAAAUCACAGAAGAGGAGUUGACGGAAAUAAAGAUGCGGUAUAAGAAGAUUGUAGGGAAAAACCUCAUGCUUGGCCACUUCAUAACGGAUCUGAUUGCGGCAUUGAACAGUUCCAACGUGGCCUCGGACGAAAGGCUUCUUGAGAUCCUCAUGGACUGCGGCGACUACUCAGACUACGACUUGCUCUAUGACUAG